GUUUUAGGCCGAUUACCGUAAGGAUAACACUGUCUCCCACCUUCAAGUUGUGCUCACAGUCUACAUCUUCGUCCACCACUUUGUCGAAACCUGCAGCAAUGUAUCCUCCCAUCAAGGCCUACGAGUCUGGUUUUUUCCAGGGCGCGAAUUCAGAUAAACAUCAGCUUUAUUAUGAAGUGAGUGGAAACAAGGAAGGCGAUCCAGUUGUCUUUCUCCACGGGGGUCCAGGAGGUGGAACAGAUCCGAAGGACAGACAGUUCUUUAACCCCGAGAAAUACAAGAUCGUGCUAUUUGAUCAACGGGGUGCAGGAAAGUCCACUCCGAGCGCGGAAUUAGAGAACAAUACAACGUGGGACCUCGUAAAGGACAUCGAGGUCCUUCGGCAGAAACUGCAUGUCACGAAAUGGCACGUAUUUGGUGGUAGCUGGGGCUCUACGCUCUCCCUUACAUACGCCCAGGCACAUCCAGACAGAGUCAAGUCCCUCGUACUCCGUGGAAUCUUCACGCUAAGACAAAGCGAACUGCGAUUCUUCUAUCAGGAUGGCGCUUCCCAUCUUUUCCCCGAACAAUGGGAAGAAUACCUUGCCCCAAUUCCAGAGGCUGAACAGCACGACAUGAUGAAGGCGUAUCACAGCCGCUUGAACUCUCCAGACGCAAAUAUCAGACUGGCCGCUGCAAAGGCGUGGGCGAAGUGGGAGAUGGCUACAUCAAGGUUGAUCGUAAGUGCGGAUGCUGUCGCCGAAGCGGAAAAAGAUGACUUCGCAAACGCAUUUGCUCGGAUCGAAAACCAUUAUUUCGUCAAUGAGGGCUUCAUGCGUAAUGGUCAAUUGCUUGAGAAGCAGGAAAUCGAUAAGAUCCGUCACAUUCCAACUAUCGUGGUUCAAGGAAGAUACGAUGUUGUAUGCCCCGCGACUACUGCUUGGGCUUUGAAACGAACCUGGCCAGAAAUUACUCUGCACAUCAUCCCAGAUGCAGGACACUCUUCGCGCGAGCCUGGCAUCGAGAAGAAGCUUGUAGAGGCAGCUGAUAUCAUGGCUUCCAAGGGUUUGUAGUAACACGAGGUCUAUGAUCAGAAGAAAGAUCCUGAAUUUUGAGAUGAAUUGUGUAAGAUACUAAAGAUAUGGAGCUUUAAGUUGUAUGCAGUAGCAUUACACAUUGUUUGGAAUACAUAGCAAUAAGUAUACAAGUGCGUGCAAGAAA